AUGCUUGCAUUUGCUGGUGACCCCUGCCAUGGCAGCAAACACAGCAAAGAGCGGUUGACCGUCCUCGUCAACAGCAACAUGUCGGGUAGCAAGAAGCUUCUGAUGCUCAUCAUAGGGAAAUCUAAAAAUUCAAGGUAUUUUAAGGGGGCAAUUCUUAAUCUUCAGUACAAGGCCAACGAGAAGGGCCACAUCAAAAACCUAAAUGCUAUACAGAUGGAAUUUCUGCCACCGAACACCACAACAAUCCUGCAGCCGAUGGACCAAGGCGUGAUCUGCAACUUCAAGCUUCUGUACAAGUCACACGUGCUCAGCCACAUAGUGCUGUGCUCAGACAUCUGCAAAAAUUACACCGUUCACCUUGGGUCUGCUGUUGGCAUGCUUGCAGACUCAUGGAAGACGGUUACAGAAGUGACGCCUCACAACUGCUUUCGCCACGCGGGUUUGACACUCGGCACCGGGACGGCUGUCUCGCCUGGAGACAACGAGAGCGUGUGUGAUAAAUCUCCUUUCGUGGACUUUGUGUUCUUCGACCUGCACGCCGCUGGCGUUUCAAUUCCAACCGGGAUAACUUCUGAAGAAUUUGCCGAAGACAACAAAGAUCUCGAAUUCUGUGCGGAGUUAACCGACAACUCAUCCGUCAAGUGA